CUAUUAUCAAGACUCAUCACUAUUUGAUCACGACGCCCCAACCAAUGGUUGUCAUGCAAAAUCCUUUCGAUGUUUUUUGUGAAACAACAUUUAGAACACACGAAUAGGAUUCGAAAUGGAAGUCGAUCAUUAGGAUACUAAUUAAUUUUAGUGUUUGUUGUCAAGAGAUUAUUACAAUGGCUUUCAUACACCCUUUGCAGUAAGUGAGAAAAUCCAAAAUGACUGACCGUACGAUAGCGUCUCGUCCCAGUCUAGAACAAGUGACUGCUAUAGUGGAUUUUAUGGAAAAGCACCCUGCCCUGGCAUUGGGCCAGUUGAGAGGUUUGGAAGGACGGGAUGAGAGCAAGAAACUGUGGCUAAAAUUAACACGGAUAGUAAACAAUAUUAAUGGACCUACAAGACCUAUGAAAUCUUGGAUUAAGUACUGGGCUGAUAAGAAGUCCACAGUGAGAUCAAAAGUACAGGGUUGUGGAGGAGAUCCAGACAGCUUGUGUUCCAACAUUGAGAAGAAGAUUUGGGAUCUAUUUUUAGCCAACGAUAAUACAAAAGGCCGUGGAGCAGUCAAGCAAGAAUCUCAUUAUAUGGAAGACAGCUUCUUUAACGAAGACAGUAUGGACCAGAAUCAUGUUGAGACAGAACCUGUGUUGGCCUUCGAAGAGCCCGCAGCUGACAUGGAGGAGAGACAUGUGGCAUUGAUGGAGAAACUGGUGAAGGUAAUGAACGAUCAAGCUGCGGCGAUGACGCAGCUCGCCCACGCGUCUCAUGUUAACGCUCAAGCUAUGGAGCGUCUAGCUGAAUCGUCCCAUAUACAGGCACGGGCGAUAGAUCGUCUAGCAAACACGUUCGAUACCAUGAGUGCGGCCACGCACGACGUACGUAAUGCCAUCGUGGACAUCGACGCUACCAUGAAACGAUUCUACUCUGCCGCGGGCUCGUAGCAUCCGCAUCAUUAUCUGCCGCUCUGAGGGAUAUCAUUCACGGUGCUACCAGUGUGGCGUGACGUCGACCUUACUGUGAAACAAAUCUACUGGUAGCACACGCAUCAUUACCCGCCGCUCUGAGGGAUAUCAUUCAUGGUGCUACCAGGGUGGCGUGACGUCGACCUCACUGUGAAACAAAUCUACUGGUAGCACACGCAUCAUUACCCGCCGCUCUGAGGGAUAUCAUUCACGGUGCUACCAGGGUGGCGUGACGUCGACCUCACUGUGAAACAAAUCUACUGGUAGCACACGCAUCAUUACCUGCCGCUCUGAGGGCUACUACUCAUAGUGCAACCAGACUACUAUUAUACAUUAACGUCAAUUGCGACUAUUGCCGUAUUGUAAUUGAUGAAAUUAAAUGUUACAAAUAGUAAUUACGAGAGGCAACACCAUGAUAGGGUUCCAUGAUGAUGUGUAUACACAACAAGCCUCCACCGUUCUAUAAAGCAAUCUGAUUAGCCAAUGUAAUUUUAGAUUUUGUUUGUGAACAUCAUCAAAAUAUUGCAACUCCGUAUACAUUAUGUUUUUUUCGAUAUUUACUGGUCACGACCAGGGGAUUAGUCCCUUCUCCCAGAGGUCACUAAUGAGAUGACCUUGACAUUUGGUGGUUCUCUCAUUGUCAAGUUGCUGCGUUUUAGCUGCGCUUAGACCAUAAGUAUUAUAGGGUAAAUAAAAAAAAGAAAAUAAGGCCAUAGACAAGUAUUUUAAUUGUAAAUAAAGAUGUAUUAAAUUAUGUUGUGUAUUGUGUAAAAUGAAACAUGAUAUUGCAUAUUUUAA